CGCAACAAAAGCUGCAACAACAAACUCAAUGUGAAGCAACCCGAAACAGAACACCGGUCGCCGUCCUUUCCAUCCGACCUCAACUCGCCGAUUGUCCCACCCGGUCAACGGCUAGAUUAAGGGGUGAUGAUCACCCACACCCUCACCUACUGGCUCUCGGAGCACCCCUCCAUCGUCAGUUUCCGGUGGAGCCACUCCCAAUCCUGGGGCUCCACCUGGUCAUUCCUCGUCACUUCUAUAGUUCUUUAUCUCGCCGUCUCCACCUUCCUCCACCUCCUCCUGGCGCUCCUUCUCCGUCCCGGUAAGGCCGUUCCUCUCGGUCCAAUCCCGGCUCUCCACAGCCUCUCUAUGGCUCUCAUCUCCGCCACCAUCUUCGCCGGAAUCCUCCUAUCCGCUGCCGCAGAGAUCCGGGACACCCGCUGGUUCUGGCGCCGCUCCAAGACCCCUUUCCAGUGGCUUCUCUGCUUCCCGCUCGGCACCCGCCCGUCGGGUCGGGUUUUCUUCUGGUCCUAUAUCUACUACUUGACCCGUUUCCUCCACAUGCUCCGAACCUUAUUCACCGUUCUACGACGUCGUAAGCUCGCGUUCUCCCAGCUCUUCAACCAUUCCAUCCUCACCUGCAUGUCGUUUCUCUGGCUCGAGUUCUCGCAAUCCUUCCAGGUCCUCGCCAUCAUCUUUACGACGUCGGUUUACUCCGUGGUAUACGGGUACCGGUUCUGGACGGCAAUCGGGUUGCCCAGCGCCUGCUUUCCGUUCGUGGUGAACUGCCAGAUCGUGCUUUUGGGUUGCAACCUGGUGUCACAUGUGGGUGUCCUGCUGUUACAUUUCUUCAAGGGCGGAUGCAACGGAAUUGGCGCGUGGGGCUUCAACUCUGUGCUCAAUGGCGCCAUUCUGCUUCUGUUCUUGAAUUUCUAUGUGAAAAUGCACUUUAGGAAGAGAAAGUGCGGGUCCGAGGUUCUCUCCUGCUCUGCCUCAGAGGCAGAAAUGAAGAAGGUUAAAGAGAAGGAUGUUUGAGUGGAAUCGACAAUUAUCUAGACAAAGAAAUUAGAAACCUCAAAUGUUCCUAAUUGUAAGUAAAUACUAUACUGUUAAGAAGAGAGGAUAAGCGAUGGAUUAUACGUUUUUACACUAAUCCUAAAGUUUUUGGAAUGGGCGUGUGAGUUUACUUCAUCCUCUGUCUUUCUUUUCUUUUGAUUCAAAUUUUUUGUGAAUGAAAUUGUUUAAUAGUCUAGCUAGAUUCAUGGAAAUUGCCUUUGGUUUUGUCUUUGUUCUCUGAGCAAAUGCAAAUUGCGGAUUUCAAAACAAAGCAACUCCUAUUGGCAGUUCUCUGUUACUUUGAACAUCUGUGGGAAAUUUCCUUUGCUACCCAGUGGAAUUGUACAAUUUUUGUCGAUUUGCUGUCCAAAACUUUGGCAAUAACCCAACCUCUAUGCUCUGCUUCAGAUGUCCAGUCUACACAACAACUUGGUUUUAUUUUACAACCUGCCCUCCUCUAUGUUUCUGCUGAAAUUUUAUUUACCGAUGGCCAUACGGCUAUACCCCCUUCUUCUUAAAGUCAUCCUAUAGAGAACAAAAAGGCGCUGUCUUCAGCAGAAUUUAAAGCUUCACAACCACUUGCCAGUUGCCACCCUGCAUCCUCGUCUAACUUCCCUUCUCUAUUUCAAAUUCACAUAAUUUUGCUACCGACGAUAGGAAAAAAUAAUGCUCUUUGACAGAUGUUUAGGAGUG